AUGCCCCAGCAGACCACCAACACCCCGGAGCGUGGCAGCGCCAUUACGAGGACUCGCGGCUCGCAGGCACUGCUCCCGCUCACCGUGAAGCAGAUCAUGGACGCGUCCCAGACCAAUGACGGUUUCGCUGUCAAUGGCACAGAGGUAUCAACGGUUGGGGCUGGCUGCAGUACAAGUGCAAAAAUUGUGCAGUUAUGUACUUCUGUAAAAGUUAGGCUUGUAGGACGCAUGUUGAAUAAGAAGCAGCAGGUCACAGAUGUAACGUUUGUUCUUGAUGAUGGUACAGGCAGGAUAGAAAUGAAACGCUGGGACAAUGAGACGUUUGACACUGAAGAAAUGAAGUUAGUCAAGGAUGGUGACUAUGUUAUUGUGAUUGGUGGUAUGAAAGACUUCCAAGGGAAGCGUCAAGUGACUGCUUUUUCCGUCCGGCUUGUUACCAACUACAAUGAUAUAACACAUCACUUUCUGCACUGCAUUUAUGUGCAUUUGGAUCUCGCAAGGACUAAGAGGUCUUUGUCUCAGCCCCAAGUAAUUGCUAAUACAUCAACUCGGAACCAAGCUCCACACACUAGUUAUCAGGCCCCAACAUCGUCUGCAUCUGGAAAUACUGCUAGCAGAGAGUUAUCCGAUUUGGUCAUGAGUGUUUUUCUUGACCCAGUACUUGGAAACCUGGAGCAUGGAGUAAGUCUUGAUCAGGUCGCGAGUCGUCUCAAUCUAUCACUUGGACAGACCAGGUCGACUGUUCUAGAUCUCGUUGAUCUUGGCAACCUUUAUGCAACUAUCGAUGACGACCAUUACAAGUCUACCAUGAAUGGUUGAAUAUGUUUGGAUCCACACACGUAAGCAUU